AACGUGGGAAACUGAAAACAAAUUAGUCAGGUUCGGUUAAUGUUAUCAAACAUGUUCGGUGUGGAAUUCGGUUUUUUGUAAACAUUCGGGAGAGAGUCGAGAAAGGAUGGUGGUGAAAUGGGAUCGGCGUUGAAGAAGCUUUAACCUGGGCAAUCAGCACUUGGGUGUCAUGGGAUUUUGCACGAGAAGAUACUUUCUUCUCUCUAUCUGUUUGCUGCAAUUGAUUUCGCUCUUCCAGAGACAAGUCUUUGAAUUCUUGGGUUUCCUGUGGAUUCCCAUAUUUCUUAACUUCUUUGACAUCAUCUUUGUCAUAUUUGGCUUCUUUGGCGCCUACCAGUACAGGCCCAAGUAUAUCAUCUCGUAUGCUGUGUGGCAUUUGCUGUGGCUCGGAUGGAACGUUUUCAUCAUUUGCUUAUAUUUAGAUAUUGGAUUGCUCAACCACAAGGAAAGUGUUGUGCUAAAAUUGGAUUCAGCCAGUGAGAGCUGGUGGAUUAAAAAUGGACCUGGGUGCAAAGGGGUGCUGAAUACAACAUAUGGAGUACCUGUUGUGGAAAAUGUUACCAAUUGUUUAGUGGAUUAUCGCUAUGUUGAGAUCUUCCAAGCAGGAUUGCAAUGUGUUUUAGCUUUUCUUGGGACUGUAAUAGGUUGUUGCUUAAGUAAAAUCUUUCUUGAAGAGGAUGAUAGUUCAUCACGUAAAUCGAGAAAGAAGCCGAAACGAAUGUCUCUUUAUUCAAUAGAGUUCAGUCCGCAAAGGGAGAGACAGGGGGAUAGCGACAGUAAUGAUUACGACAAUGAGAAUCUGCCGCAGCCGGUCUCGCCGAAACCUAUGACACCUAGGCGGGUGAAGCGUAGGAGCGUCAUGCAAAGGGGUUCUUCUGGGAGACACAGCACCAGCAGCAGGAGGCACAACAACAGAUCUUCCACCAGGAGUUCCAGACGGGCAGUCCAGAAUCCGGUGACACGCUUGAUGGAACAACAGCAGAAGAUCCAGCAGCAACAACAGCAGCAGCAGCACUACGAUAGUCCUGCGAGUCCUGUUGAACCCCAGACCUUUUUCAGUAGUGCCUCCAACAACAAUCUAAUGGUUCCUCCGCAGAGCUGGCAGAGUAACGGCCACACGAAUCCCACGUAUCAGCAGUCAUCGACGCAGUCGCUGAACGAGCACGAUGACUUCGAUGAGCUCUACAAUAAUCGACCUGCGUCCGUUAGGUCCAGUUAUUCCAACUUCCACGGGACCAGGGCUAUCAAUUACGCCCAGCAGCAUUACCAUAGUCAUGCGACGCCCCAGGUUCCGCAGAAGAGGCUUGCCAACCCCGGCAGACAAAGUAUGCGCUCCAUGGCUUUCCUUAACAAUGGUCCACCAGCCUAUAGCUCUCAAGGCCAAUUAGGUUUAGAUUCCGAAACCACGAUAUAGGAGGCCGAUUUCCCCGCGACUUGAGUGUCGUCGGUCUCUCUUAAUAUAUUUUUGUACUUCAUUCACGUAUAGGUAUGACUCGUGUGAAUUAUCAUUUACUGUACUGUGCAAGGAUAUCGCGAUCCACUCAAAUAAAAUUGUUGCCCGGGCGACAAUACUUAAAAAAAAAGUUAUAUAGGGUGAUUCACAAAACUAGAAAAACAAACAUGGAUGUGGGAGAAACCAUUAUAUUAUUGUAUAUUCAGUCACAUAACUAUGUUCUCUGUUUGCAAAAACCAACAAAGAACAUGAUUAUAUAUAAAUAAUAUACAUGUGAAAGAGGUCCAAAUUACCUAAAGAAGUGAGUUCAUUUAAUUUUUGUUGCGCAAAUCGACAAUCAUAUAUUUACAUUGCACAAUAAUUCUAAUUUU